AUGUACGCGUUGUGUAAAGAGAUGUUAAGUGACGAUUCACACGCAUCAGACUUCUUGAAGUGUAAAGCAGAGAUUCUUUCGAUCUUUCUCUUUUACAUCCAACUCCAAUUUUUUAAUACCACUCUCUGCACUUUCGAGUUAACGACACACACGAUAGCUUUGUUAAAGUACCACGAGACAUUCCAGAUGUCAUGCAUCACGUCUUUCAAUUUACUGAACACUAUGGAGGAUUACGCUUUGGACAACUACAUGGACAUUUCAAACACGUUAAAGAGUCUCUCUAUAUUCGAUAUAGGAAGAGUCGAACCUACACUAUAUAACAUGUUGUGCCAGAACGAUGAAGUGACAAAAAAGAAUGCGGAGUUUCUUUUAAAUUGUGGUGUACUUACCAAGGUAGUAAGAUUAUUCACAAUGAGUAACACACUUCAAACAACAACAAAUCUCUUUCAACGACUUACAAUUGUGCCUGAACGCUCAGCCAUUGAGUCAACAGAAGUAUUAGCGAAUUAUUACUUUGAGCACUAUCCAAAAGUUCAAUUUGAAAUCACCGAUUUUAAUUCUGUGUGUAUGUCGCAGAUGAAGAUAUUGUUUUUCAUUGUGUACUCAUUUGUAACGCACACAGAAAGGGCAACUGAUGUGUUAGUUCAAGAUAAUUUUGAUCAGGUUCUUUCUAACAUUUACGACAAAUUUGACUACACGGAAAUGCAGAGCAAUGAGAAUACAAAUGCUUCACCAGCAAAUUCACUCUUUGAGUUCUUCAACGAAUUUAUACAAGGGGUCUUCAAAAGUGGUUCCAAACUCUUGUUUUCUGAAGACGAGAAGAAUGGUGUUUUCGAUAAGAAAAAGGGAGUUUUGGCUUUGAUAGUGAGAGACCUUGUGAUGGACGAUAUACCACAAAAUUAUCGAGAUGUGCUUCUUGGAACAGUGGAAUCAUCAUGUCGGAGAAUUAGUGUCAGUUUAGAGAAGUAUAUUGGGAUUGAUCUCGGGUUUCUAAGGUAUUUGGUUGAGUUCAUCAAGCAUGAAACCGUCAGUUCAAACUUAAUUCACGCAUAUGAUUGCAUUGGUGCUCUUAUUAAAAACAAUAUGGAUGGGCUUGUAGAGAUUAUGAAGUACUGUGAAAUAUCAAAUGUCUUGGAUUGUGCUGUGCAAAAUCCGUUCUGCUCGAGUGUGUUGUUGCGAACACUAAUUAUGUUAGAGAAUAAACCCAUGGGGGUUGAAAACUGGUUUUCUGAGAACACACAUCUUAUACUUUUCAACGUAAUAAAGUAUUUUGAAAAGAACGAAAUUUCAUACUCAAAUUUAUGUUGUUUAAACACUGGGAUGAUCGGGUUAAUAAGAUAUAAAGACAAAAUCCCAGAUAUCUUGCAGAAGAUGAAGAAUGUUCAGAAGGGUGAAAGUUGUAAUGAGGGUUUACUAGGACUAGUGAAUAAAUGGGAGAAAUACUACGAACCAAGACCAUUGUGUUUAAAGGAACUUGUCAGUGUUACAAAAAUCGAGAAGAAGGUGUGGGUUGAUAUCGUCAAAGAGAUUGCUGAAGUCUGCAAAGAGUAA